AUUCUGGAGAUGGGGAAGUAGACAAAAUGCUCAGCAAGAGUUUGGGAAGCUGUUUCACAGACACUGUACACUACACUCAGUACAGGCUGCAGACCCACCUGACUCAGGCUGGAGACUUGGAUGAGAUCAAGUUUUACACGGACGUGCUCCUGUCCCUGGGCCUUCACUGCCGGGAUGUGCUGCCAUCGUUGCGCGAGUUGGUCACUUUUGUGAACAAUGUGCUCCACUCAGCUGCGUCAGGGGCAGACAGCCCACAGGAUCUGGCUAAGUUGGAUGUACUGAGUUGUAGUGCUGUGCGUCUUCUAUCCACUGUCUUCAAGAUCAUCUCUCGGAGUAAAGUUCUUCAGAGUGAGAGAAGUGCAGUUAUAUCUGAGAUAGUGGCGCAAGUUUCCAUGCCGUUGUCAGAUCUGCCGUUACCUUUUAGCCGGAAAGGUGUGAGUAACGACUCCGGCUCCAGAGCUCAAGUUGGACGUGUCAUCAGUCGCUUCAUCUCCAGCAAGUGGCAAUGUCAAGGCCACGUGCUGCAACACAACAAGAGCGGGCUAGAUGGAGACAGUGUUUCCUCUGUCCUUGAGCAGGCCAUGGAAGAUAUGACCAUCGGCUCAGGCAGCUCCGACAUCGCCAUUUUUCAGGCUUUGUUAGUCAUUGCCCCUCAGAUUGCUCAGCAUGCCCCACCAGCCAAAAUCCCUCAGUUUCUGGAUCUGGCGUGGCAAAAAUUGAUGGAGGAAAAGAAGAACAUUCUGUUCUGGAAGAAACUGGAAUCUCUGAUCCCACUGGGCCUGCACAAGUCGCUCAUGCAGCAUGAGGAUCCAGAAGUGGAGGAGGGGAUGAAGGAGUUUAUGCAAAAGCUAUGGACUUUGGGAUCUGAAAAGACGGGCAUAACUUUCCUCAUGUUUGACCACAUCUGUGGCCACAUCUUGAAAGAUGACCCAGACAGAAGGCUUGCCACUAAGUGGACAUCUCUUCUCUUAGACGCCUGCGCCUUUGGGAAUGUGCACAAAAAGGGGGAACG